AUGUCGGACGUCCUGGAUGUUACCUUCGAGGCCCAUAACGGCCAGUCUAUCCGCUGCGCGAAGAAUGAUGCCCAGGUUCCUCCGCUACCUACGCAGAAAAGUAGAGACCGAGCAACUUUGCCGUCAGCACUGGGAAAAUUCCUGAAAGAGCGAAAUCGCAGCGAAGGCCUUGCCAAGUUCGAAGCAGCGCUAUGCAAAUAUGUGUCGAGCAAGUUGGGCACGCGCAUGCUUGCCCACGUUAGGCUGUCGGCCACCGAGCGCGCGAUUGGGAUGCCAAACGAAGCACCAUGCUACUUUGAGGUUAGGGGUAUCCUUCUGCCGCCUAUCGACGUAUAUUGCUUGGAGGACCUGACGCAAGGCCCUCUCCCACGUAACUUCAGGACAUGGCAGCGGAUCAUCCAUUCGGCUGCAGAUGCAGCGUAUGGGAUCAAUAAACACGGCAUCACCAUGACAGAUUGUGCACCGCGCAACUACCGCUUUCGUGGUGAGAUGGAGAUGGGAUGGUACAGGAGUGGAUGGCACGAGAAAGAGGGAUGGAAUCCGGAUGUCGAGUACUGGGAGCAAGCGGAGACUGAGGACAACCCAGGGGCGAAUGGGGUGGUGAUGGUGAAUCUUGUGCGAAGGAAGACAGGUAUGGAGCUGCCUAUCAUGUAUCCCGACUGGUAUGGCAUCAUGGCUGGGAUCAGGCGAAGGGGAGGCACCUUGACGACAGACAAUUGUGCCGUCUCCUUCCGCACCCCUGUGCAUCAAUACCUCUACGCAAUACUUUUAACCCAACAAGAUGGCCUUCAAGCAGGGAUAACCGGUCGAGGCCAAUGCAAUCAGCCAAAGUGGCUCGAGUGGUAA